CAGACUGGAAAAUUUACUAUGCGUACUUAGAAUGGCACGAUGGAAUACUGACCCUAGCGGGGCCAAUACGGUCGUUGCGCCUGUGGUGCGCACACCGAAAGCUGCUCGUAGCGUAGGCCUCGAUGCGCUCCUUACAGUGAUCUCGGUUGCUGCAUUAAAUUCAAGAUCUACACUCGUAUCGCUUCUGCCAGUGCCAUGGCUGCGCCUGGUUUUCCAGCUGUUGCUGUGGCUGCUGCCGCUGGUGUUCAGCGGGCGAGCCCUGGACACGCUGGUCCGCUGGCGCAACUCCCAGGCAGCCGUGAGAGUUCAGGAUAACGUGACCGGCAACAAGCGGAAGCUGUACGGGCUUGCGCCCCCGCCGGCCAAGGUGGAGCCGCUCCGGCAGCGGAGGCCGUUCUCCCUCACCCCAGCGCGCGAAGGCGGCGCAGCCGGGGCGGCACUGCAGCGGCAGCUCACGCCCAUCACGCCGCCGCAGCGAUACAACGGCGCCACGUCAGCCACCGGUGUGCUGACCAGCACGCCCUACAGCGCGGCGACGGGCGGCGUCGGCACCGGUGGCGUGGGCUCGCUGCUUGGCACACCGCAGCCGCUGGGCUUUGGCGACCCCUCCCGCACCCCCCUGUCCGACCCCUACCGGCGCUCGCCGGCGCCCGGCUACUCGCCCGGCGGCGCCGUUGUGGCCAGUCCCAAGGAGCUCAACUACUAUUUUGACAGCCUGGUCGGCGGCGGCGGCGGCGGUGGCGGUGGCCUGGGCGGCGCUGGCGGCGGCGCCGCCAUGGCCAGCCCUCAGCAGGUGGACAUGGGCGGGGGCAUGUACGGCUACUCAAUGGCGGCGGGCGGCGGCGCGUACGGCGGUCUGGGCGGCGACCAGGACCAGGUCCCCACCGGCACGCUGCCCAUCGGCGUCCAGGCGCCCAUGUACCGGAUGACCUGGAUGCCCAAGAAGGCGGCAACGGUGGCUGCGGCCGACACGCCCACGCUGGCGCCCAGCGCGCCCGAGGAGGUGGACGACUUCGUGGUCAGCGUGCUGCGCGCGCGGCAGGACUGGCUGGAGCUGUGGACGGAGCGGCUUCGCGAGUGGCUGGCGGGGCGCGUGCUGCAGCCGCUGGUGGCGGCGGUGCAGGGCGCGCACGAGCCCGUCAACACGCUGCUGCAGCAGUUCAACCACACGCACCGCCUGCCGCCGCUGCCGGACGUGCUGUCGGACAACCGCGGCGGGGGCGGCGGCGGCGGCGUCAGCGGCGGCGCGGCGGCGGCUGUGGACGUGGACGGGCUGGUGCGGCAGUUGGGCGCCAUGCUGCAGCAGCACAUUGCGCAGCAGCCGGCGGCGGCCACCACGCCCAAGGCCAAGGAGCUGCUGGCGGCCGUGAACCGCUAUGCCGACCUGUUGACGGUGGUGCGCGGCAAGCGGCCCGCCGACAUCCUGCCGCCCUCGCCGCCCGGCUACGUGUGGGCGCGGCUGCAGCAGCUGGCGGACUCGUCCUGCCUCAAGGACUUCACGUGGAACGGCGGCAGCGCCUACGGCGGCCGGCCCUGGAGCCCCGACCAGCUACCCAACGACUCGGCGCUGGUGCUGUACCUGUUCGCCGCCUUCCUGGACGCGCCCGGCUGGACCUUCACCGCGCCGCCCAACACGCAGCACGAGGGCUGCACGCAGCCGCUGCACCUGGGCACGCUCACGCCCGGCGCGCGGCCCAACGCGCCCGCCUCCGCCGUGCUGACCUUCCGCCCGGAGCGGCACGGCCGCGAGCUGGACGCGCUGCUGGGGCUGCAGCUGCAGACGUCGGGGCCGCUGUUCUGCUACCUGGCGGCGGGGCGGCUGAUGGUGCUGGCGCACUACCAGUACGUGGCGGUGUUCCACGCCAUACUGUUCUUCCUGCAGUACCACAAGGUGCGCUACGGCGGCGCCAUCGGGCGGCAGCACAUGGGCGACGCCGACCUGGGACUGGAGGGGGUGGUGCAGCCGCCGCCGGUGGGCGCGGUGGUGGCGCUGGGCAGCAGGCUACUGGGCGGGCUGGGCUGGUUCGCGUGAGGGUGAUGGGACAAGAACAGAGAUAAGCUCGGGAAGGAUGGGGGGCGGGGGACGGCUGCAGGUUGGAAGACGAGUUCCAGGCGGGGCCAGGGGCUGUGGGAGGAUAUGGACUGGUGUGGUAGGAGGUGGCAAACCGGAUGUGUGGUUGGAAGGAGGAAAGAGCCGAUCGCCGCUUGGGGAGUCCUAAGGGCGGGCCUGGGCCGCAUAUAGGUGAGACUCUCGGACAGGGGC